UAUCAUAAUGAACCCUCAUGGCUUCCCAUCGCGUAUGACGGUAGGAAAGUUAAUUGAACUCCUGGCUGGAAAAGCUGGGGUCCUCGAUGGCAGAUUUCACUAUGGAACAGCUUUUGGAGGCAGUAAAGUUAAGGAUGUGUGUGAAGAUCUAAUUCGCCAUGGUUAUAACUACCUAGGGAAGGACUACGUAACAUCUGGUAUCACUGGGGAACCUUUGGAAGCUUAUAUCUAUUUUGGCCCUGUGUAUUACCAGAAACUAAAGCACAUGGUGUUGGAUAAAAUGCAUGCAAGAGCUCGAGGACCCAGAGCAGUGCUCACCAGGCAACCCACUGAAGGUCGAUCGCGUGAUGGUGGUUUACGUCUUGGAGAGAUGGAACGGGAUUGUUUGAUAGGUUACGGAGCCAGUAUGCUUUUGUUGGAGAGACUGAUGAUUUCAAGUGAUGCCUUUGAAGUGGAUGUUUGUGGACAGUGUGGCUUGCUGGGGUACUCUGGCUGGUGCCACUACUGCAAAUCAUCAUGCCAUGUGUCUUCUCUGCGCAUACCUUAUGCCUGUAAACUCUUAUUCCAAGAACUACAGUCAAUGAAUAUCAUACCUAGGCUAAAACUAGCAAAGUACAAUGAAUGAUGAAGAUGAAAAAGAUGGGAAAAUGUACUUCAUAGAACUUGAAAUCCAGCUUAUACAACUGGGAGAUUUUUUCUAGUGAAUGGGAAUAACUCUAAAAGCUGAGUAGGUAGAAGGGAGGUCCAAGACAGUGUAAGAAACCUUUCUUACAUAUCCUACCUGAUUUUAAGUUGACGGGGGAGUCUCUGUCAGUCAGUUACACUAGGAGCAGUUCUGAAAGCCUUAGUUAGUCUGAGUGAACAGGACGUGUGGGAAUUGUGGAAUAAGGUCAUGAUCC